AUGAGCGCUGCCGACCAAAUUUCAUUUCUCGAUGAAAGACUCAUCAGCAGUCAUGCGCUCUCAGGCGACAGAGUAGAGGACCAAGUUGACACGGCGAGUUCAGUCAGAAGCACAGAGGUAACGGAUCAGGAAUCAGCAACCGCAGCCUCAAGCACCUUCAGUUCCAGGCCGUCGACACCGCCUUCAGAAGCUGGCUUCCGGAGAUGGCGACCAGGCUACCAUGUCAUUGCCUCCCGCGGUUGGCUGAAUGAUCCUUGUGCUCCAGGCUACGAUCCGCAAACGGGCAUCUACUCGUUGGGCUUUCAGUGGAAUCCUUAUGACUACAAAUGGGGUAACAUGUCUUGGGGAUCGACCGUUUCCACUGAUUUCGCGAAUUGGCAUGUCUCGGAAAGCCCAGCCAUGGAGCCUACAAAGACCAUGGAUCAGUGUGGUGUUUUCACGGGCUGCAUGCUCCAAAAAGACCACAUCACAGACGAUACCUCAGAAGCCGUCAAGGGUGACUUUACAACAAAUAUCGCAUUCUACACAUCUGCUCAGAAGUUACCCAUUACGUUCAAGCAACCUUACACUCGUGGAAGCGAGCAACUGCAUAUGGCGACUUCGACCGACAAUGGCCGUUCAUGGACGAGGGCGGAGAGCAACACCAUUCUGUCCGAACCUCCAACCGAGCUUGGAGACUCAGUCAGAGGUUGGCGAGAUCCUUUCGUGGCACCCUGGAAAGCUUUGGACAGGGCUUUAGGCAGGAAUCACUCGCAACCCGGGCUUUACGGCAUCAUAUCCGGUUCAAUACAUGGAAAGACGCCUACGGUAUUUCUCUACGAGCUCGACAGAAAGGACGUACGUUGUUGGAAGUCUCUCGGCCCGAUAAAUGAUAUACCUGUAAACUUCUCCCCGUCGCCUUGGUCAGGAGACUUUGGUGUCAACUGGGAAGUUGCAAACUUUGUCGAUUUGGUCGAUCCGGACGGCGUGGCAUAUUCGAUUCUCAUCGUUGGCGUGGAAGGUGUACAGACUCGUCCUGGAGACCCUCUGAGAAGCGAGCUUGUCAGGGAACAUAAACAAAUGUGGAUGUGCGGCUCGCUGGAGCAGCACGGAAAAGGCGUACGGAUGCAGUACAACUUUGGCGGAACUCUGGAUCACGGGUGCUACUACGCCUCAAACGGCUUCAAUGAUCCCGUCACCGGCAAUUUUGUAACAUUUGGGUGGAUUUUUGAAGAAGAUCUUUCGCCAACCCGGGUUGCCCAACAAGGCUGGAGUGGAUGCCUGUCGAUUCCGAGGGUGAUUUCCAUGAAAUCCCUGAAUUAUGUCACAGCCGCUCUGAAGACCAACAUCGGCGAUAUCAGCAGCAUUGACUCUUUGGAAGACAAUGGCAUACAUACCUUGAAGGUCCUCGGGGUCACACCCGAUCCACGGUUGGCUCUGUUGAGGAACCUCGAACUUCACGUCGAUAUCACAGAUCAAGUAACCUGGUUCGAGGAAAGUAUGAAGCGGCACUUCGAAUUUCAAGCCAGCUUUGGGGUUACAGACUCCAGCAUUGUCGGUGUGGAUAUUGCUCAUGACGAAGACUUUGCGACCUUCACUUCAAUUCUCUUUGACCCUGCUGAAGAGACUGUGACUAUUGACCGAAGUCGAUCCACGACCGACACCGAAAUCAACACAUCUCCUGAGGAGGCCAAGCAUACCCUAUUCUCAUUCGCCGACGGGACAUCCGAAACCCUGGAUUUACGUGUCUUCUACGACGUCAGUGUGCUCGAAGUCUUCGUCAACGACAGGACGGCGAUUGCUACGAGAAUCUAUCCGCAGAGUAGAAAGUGUUUCGGAGCACGGUGGAUUCGGUCCAACUCUACGGGACCGUCGUCUGACAAUGAUGGUCACCAUCCUCAACAGCAGCUUACAUCGGAGUAUGACGCCAGAAAUGAACAGCCACAAGGAUCAAUGAUCCAAGGCACUUUCUGGUCAUUGAGAGAGUCCGUGCGGUUUAACUGAGUUAAAGGCUUUCCAUAUCUUCUGUCUUUCGACAUAGACAACCUAGAGUAUCGAAGUAUCAGGGUUUGCAAAGCCCUGUGCUUGUUUGUAAAUUUCUAUAUUUCAAGUCCAUGA